AUGGCUUCCAUCUUGCGUGCUGGCUUGUCUUGUUUCGCUUCUCGUUCCGCCUGUGCCCCGGUUCUUGCCGGUGGCGCACGUCAUAUUUCAACGGUAGGAAAGGAUUACACAAUUAUCGAUCACACCUACGAUGCUGUCGUUGUUGGUGCUGGCGGAGCCGGUCUUCGCGCUGCUUUCGGUUUAGCUAACGAGGGCUUUAAAACUGCCUGUGUUACCAAACUGUUCCCCACCCGUUCUCACACAGUUGCUGCCCAGGGUGGCAUUAAUGCCGCACUAGGAAAUAUGGAAAGGGACCACUGGAAGUUCCACAUGUUUGAUACGGUGAAGGGUUCCGAUUGGCUUGGUGACCAAGAUGCCAUACAUUACAUGUGCGAAGAAGCCCCCAAGGCCGUUAUCGAGCUUGAGAAUUACGGAAUGCCCUUUAGUCGUCUCGAAAAUGGCAAAAUUUAUCAGCGUGCCUUUGGCGGCCAGAGCCUUGAUUACGGCAAGGGCGGUCAAGCUCACCGGUGUUGUGCUGUUGCAGAUCGCACUGGUCACUCGCUCUUGCAUACACUUUAUGGGCGCUCCCUUCGUUAUGACACUGAUUACUUUAUUGAGUACUUCGCACUUGAUCUUCUAAUGGAAAAUGGUGUUUGUCGAGGUGUUAAUGCCAUAUGCCUUGAGGAUGGCACCAUCCAUCGCUUCCGCGCCAAAAACACGAUUUUGGCUACUGGCGGUUACGGUCGUGCUUAUUUCUCGUGCACAUCGGCACACACAUGUACCGGAGAUGGAACUGCUAUGGUAACCCGUGCUGGCCUCCCCAACGAAGACAUGGAGUUCGUACAGUUCCAUCCUACUGGUAUUUACGGCGCUGGAUGUCUUAUCACUGAGGGGUGUCGUGGCGAAGGAGGGUACCUAAUUAAUAGCGAAGGUGAAAGAUUCAUGGAACGCUAUGCUCCUAGCGCCAAGGAUCUGGCAUCCAGGGACGUCGUUUCUCGUGCUAUGACAAUUGAGAUCCGUGAAGGUCGCGGCGUUGGCCCCCGCAAAGAUCAUUGCUAUCUCAAACUUCAUCAUCUGCCUGCUGAAAUUCUAAAAUCUCGUUUGCCAGGUAUCUCUGAAACUGCCGAAAUCUUUGCAGGCGUUGAUGUGACGAAGGAACCUGUUCCCGUCCUCCCCACUGUCCACUACAACAUGGGUGGUGUACCAACUAACUACAAAGGACAGGUUAUCACAUACGAUGCUGCCACUGGAAAAGACAAGAUCGUUCCUGGUUUGUAUGCUGCUGGUGAAGUUGCUUGCGCCUCUGUGCAUGGUGCUAACCGUCUUGGCGCCAAUUCAUUGCUUGACCUCGUUGUCUUCGGUCGCGCUUGUGCUCUCGAUAUUGCAGAAAAGUGCAAACCUGGAGACGCUGGUCCUGAACUUCACAAAGAAACGGGGAUGGAAUCUGUUGCCAACAUUGAUAAGCUCCGCAACGGCAAGGGCGAGUUCCCCGUCGGCGAUGUCCGCCUGGAAAUGCAGCGUACCAUGCAAGAACAUGCCGCUGUCUUCCGCGACGGCCCCGUUUUAAAGGCUGGUGUUGGGAAAAUGCUGAAAUUGUACGCUGACAAAUAUGACAAUUUGAAGGUAUCUGAUAAGAGCCUUAUUUGGAACUCGGACCUCAUUGAAGGAAUUGAGCUACAAAACCUUCUAAUCAACGCGGUUCAGACAAUUGUGGCCGCUGAAGCCAGGAAGGAGUCUCGUGGCGCUCAUGCUCGCGAAGAUUUCCGCACGAGAGUUGAUGAAUACGACUACUCCAAGCCAAUCGAAGGCCAAACCAAAAAACCAAUGUCUGAACACUGGAGAAAACAUACUCUCUGUUACCAAAAUGUCAAAACUGGUGCUGUUAAGUUGGAGUACCGACCUGUCAUCGACAAGACUCUGGACCCAAAUGUUUGUCCGCCUGUCCCUCCAAAGAUCCGCUCUUACUGA